AUGGAGGAAACCUCCCCGACCACGCAGAUGUUGCUUGGAUGCGACGAGGACGAGGUGAUUCACGACGUCGACUUUGGGCGUUUUGGCGUGGACGGCGCCACGGAAGGGAUGUGCGGCGCGCUCGUGCCGGUGAACGCCGCCGCCGGGGUGGACGUGAAAGACGCGUUGUCCGACGUUUGCGUCGGGGCGAGAACGUGCGAGGUGUCGUUGUCCCCCGAGGGCCUGGGGGUGACGGAUCCGGCGCCGGGCCAUGCCAAGACGCUGACGACGCAGUGGAGGUGCCGGCGACUGACGCCGAAGCCGACGCCAGCCGUGUCGCCGCGCGGUGACGCGUCGAGGCUGAAACGCACGAAGAAGAUGCCACGCGCGCCGUUGCGCACGAGGGGCGCCGACAUCGUCGACGUCUCGGGCGAGAGGGUCAAGUUCGAGGCGGUCAACUGGGCGGGUGGCGAGAACUGGCGGCGCGUGCCCGGCGGACUCGACCUGGCGCCGGCGCGUUCAAUCGCGCGAAGUAUCGCCGCGAUGGGAUUCAACGCCGUGAGACUGCCGUUUUCGGUGGACACCGUGCUGAGGGAUCCGCCCGUGGCGGACGCCGCGGUUGCUGCGAACCCUUUUUUGUUUGGAGCCACCGCGCUUGAAGUCAUGGACGCGGUGAUCGUCGAACUCGGCAAAGCAGGCGUCGCGGUGAUUCUGGAUAACCACAUGACCGUCGCGGACUGGUGCUGCCAGCGCGCCGACUGCGACGGUCUUUGGUACCACUCCACAGCCAUGGGCGAUGUCAACUCGACCGGCACGGAACGGGCGUGGCUCGCGGCGCUGACGAAGAUUUCCGCGAGGUACGUGGGCGCGGCUAACGUCGUCGCCGUCGAGCUUAAAAACGAGCCGAGGGAGGUGUGCCCCGGUGCACCGUGGCACGUGGGGUCGCGCGUGUGCGACCCGAGCGUGUUCAUCGACGCCGGCGCGAUCGCGCAGUCGUCGUCGACGGCGAGCGAUCACUUCGGGUCGAGACUCGCGGCGGCCGAGGCGAUGGUAGACGGGUACGAUUCGAAGACGUGCGCGUUUCCCCAGUGGAACACGGGCCCGCCGGAGCUGAUGUACAAACCCGCGAUGGAACGUGGCGCGGCGGCGGUGGCGAACGCCAACGCGGACGUGCUCGUCGUCGUGGACGCGCUGUAUUACGGCAGGGAUCUGACGCGCGCCGGGGACGCGAACGGGACGGUGGAGGUGCCGGAGACGCGCGAGUCCCGAGGGAAUUCGAUCGGUUUCAAUCAAGGAAAAUACCGACGACGGUCCCUCCUUCGCGGAGGACCGUCCAAUUCGGGGGCUCGGGGCGGGGGGCGUCUGGUGUACGCGGUGCACGACUACUCGUGGUACGUCACGCCGGAUGAAUCGACGGGGUACGACGCGUGGGUGGCGUCGAGGACGGCGGCGUGGGGCUACUUGGUCUCGAACGAUACCGUCCCCGUCAUCGUGAACGAGUUCGGGGUGAACCACGCGAGUCUCGACGCGGGGGAAGAAGCGGGAGGCGAAUCGGAGUGGUGGCGAUGGUUCGCGAGGUACGUCUCGCCCGGCGGCUUGAGGUCCGACGGUUUGGACCUGGCGUACUGGCAGCUGGGCGGGACGCAGGUCGGAGGCACCAGCCGGAGGCUGGGCGCGGAAGAGAGUUACGGUCUGCUCAACAGAUGCUGGACGGGACCCGCGUCUUCGGCGCACCUGCGAGCCGUGCGCGCGCUGUCCGAGGGUUCGCCCGAACGCACACGUAGUGACACUGCGUCGGAGUGA